AAGAUGAACUUGAAUAAGGUUCAUGAAAACUGGCUGAUCGCCAGAAAACAUUCCCUAGAGACUGGAUGGAACCAGUUUCAUGAGGUUAAGGUGCUUCCUUUUUGUCAAUGGGAAGCUGCUAAUUUUAAAUAUAUUCCAUGACAAGGACCUGAAAGCUUUGGAAUGAUGAUUUGUAGUGCACUCCUCUUGAAAUGAAUUGGCCUAAUGACAGGUACAACAGAAGGUUGGAGAUGUCUGCCCAGAGGUUAAUUUCUAACAGAACCUCCCAGCAAUUGGCAUCUAAUUCUGAUUACACCUGGGAAUAUGAAUAUUAUGAGAUUGGACCAGUUUCCUUUGAAGGACUCAAGGCUCAUAAAUAUUCCAUUGUGAUUGGAUUUUGGGUUGGUCUUGCAGUCUUCGUGAUUUUCAUGUUUUUUGUGCUGACCUUGCUGACCAAAACAGGAGCCCCACACCAAGACAAUGCAGAAUCCUCAGAGAAGAGAUUCAGAAUGAACAGCUUUGUGUCAGACUUUGGAAGACCUCUGGAGCCAGAUAAGGUAUUUUCUCGCCAAGGCAAUGAGGAGUCCAGGUCUCUCUUUCACUGCUACAUCAAUGAGGUAGAACGCUUGGACAAGGUGAAAGCUUGUCACCAGACCACAGCCCUCGACAGUGAUGUCCAACUCCAGGAGGCCAUCAGAAGCACUGGGCAGCCAGAGGAGGAGCUGAACAGGCUCAUGAAGUUUGACAUCCCCAACUUUGUGAACACAGACCAGAACUCCUUUGGGGAGGAUGAUCUUCUGAUUUCUGAACCACCUAUUGUUCUGGAAACUAAGCCACUUUCCCAGACCUCACAUAAAGACCUGAAUUGAGAAACAUGCUCUGUAAAGGGUCUUCCUGGAGAUGUGGAUUCUGUCUUUGUAUAGCAAGAAAUCUACAUCCACCAAAAUUGCAUUUGGGGAAGAGAGCCACACAGAGAUAGACACAGAGAGACAGGGAAGAGACCCCUUUAGAAGAGAGCUGAGCUGAUUAGGCUGAGUUUGUUUGUUUGUUUAUUUGUUUUGCUUUGUUUUUUCCUUUUUAAUACAUUUGGAGCUUUGGGGGGUAUUAAAGUAUUUACACCAAGCUUGUUCAACCCACAGCAUGUGGCCCAGGACGGCCUUGAAUGCAGCCCAACACAAAUAAGUAAAUUUUCUGAAAACGAUUUUGUUUUGCUAUUUUUUUUUGAAGCUCACCAGCUAUUGUUAGUGUAUUUUAUGUGUGGCCCAAGACAAUUCUUCCAGUGUGGCCCAGGGAAGCCAAAAGAUUGGACACCUCGGAUUUAUACUAGCUCGUCUUCCUUAUUGAAAAAUGUGGCCAAAUACUUUUUGUCAGCAUUCUUGGGUGAGGAUUAGCCUACUGAAUUCUAAUCUGGCCCUGCCACUGCUGUGCUCUACCUUUAGCAAGUUGCUUUACCUUUCUGGGCUGCCACAUUUUUAAUUGUAGGUUGAAUGUCUGAAGUGAUCCAUCCCACCUCUAGUAUGUUGUGAAUUUAUGACUUCACCUUCAGAUGAGGCUGAGCUAUACAUAAAACAGUAUAAACUAGGAUACUGCCUCCUACCUCUUAUAGGCGCUCCCAAAUCUCCAUACCUUUCACCCAACCCUUAAUUGAGCCAAGCUUUAGUCAGGGGGUCUGAGUGUCUACCAGGAUGUCAGGAGGCUCAUCUUAAAGUGUCACUGUGGCCAGUGUUUCUGGUGGGUUGUGCUGAAACAGCUAUUCUGAUAACAUCCAACCACCCACACUGUAACCUGGGGACAGCCCUCCCCUGCCUCAGAAUGAGUACCCAUUCAUAGUACAUGCAUGGUACUCUUGUUUCCAAGAAAUGUUAGGAAAGUUGUCAGCUGAGUGAGCGGAGGUGCCUUCUGGGUAUCUCUGUGUUGGUGUAUCCGUGCCAUUGGUUACAGAACAAGAAAAAAAUACUAUUUGCCAUGCUAUUACCUUGGCAGAUGUAUAGGUGAUAGUCAUCUGGCUUUGAGCUGAGAUAGUCAGUGGGUUGUAAAUUCCCCACUAACAGAUAUUCAGGGUGGCCUGAAUUAUGUAAACAUGUGAGCAACACAGAGUUAAUUUCAUGGAGGAAUCAAAGCUGAACACUGGUUUUAAAACAACUUGGUUUUAUGCACAGAGUUGCAUGCAUGGCAAGCUGUUAAUCCCUGGGUGGCAUUUUCAUUAUGAAUUUGUAUACUACCUGUCUUGCUUAAGCUACAAAAUAAAUGCAUUUGACUGCAUAGGAA